AUGCACAGGAAUGGCCUCCUGUGCACUGAGAAACAGAACCGAAACGCGCGCGCGGCCGGCAUCGUUCCGUCUGCCGAUGGCGGCCCGGUCGCUUUCUCCUCCGCCGAGGAGGCCGCCGCCGAGCGCCGCCGACGCAAGCGCCGCCUCCGCAUCGAGCCCCCUCUCCACGCCCUCCGGAGAGAUCCCUCCGCCCCUCGACCGCCGCCGGACCCCAACGCCCCUCGCCUCCCGGACUCCACCGUCAGCCGCUGUGGCCCGCGCCUGAGCCUGCACAACCAGGUUCAGUCCCUGAUUAGGGCGGGGAAUCUCGAUCAGGGCUCGGCGUCGGCGAGGCAUGCGGUGUUCUCGAGGAUCCGGCCGACCGUGUUCACUUAUGCUGUUAUGGCGGCGAUGCUGAGGGCGAAGAGGGUUGAGACGUCUCGCGCCCUGUUUGAGUUCUUUUAUCGGCAGUCGAAUAUCGUUCCGAAUGUUGUUAGCUACAACAUAUUGAUAAAUUCGCAUUGUGAUGCAGGUCGGGUAGAUGUUGGCUUGGAUGUUUAUCGACAUAUUCUUGAGAAUGCACCGUUUUCUCCAUCCCCUGUAACAUACCGCCACCUCACCAAAGGUUUAGUUGAUGCUGACAGAAUUCAAGAAGCAAUGGAUCUCCUAAGAGAAAUGCUUAACCGAGGACAUGGGGCUGAUUCCUUGGUGUAUAACAUACUCAUGCAAGGGUUCAUUGAUAGGGACAAUAUGGCGAAGGCAUAUGAGCUUUUUGAUGAGCUUAAAGAACGAUGCUUGGUAUAUGAUGGGGUUGUCCAUGCAACAUUUAUGGAGGCUUAUUGGAAGCAAGGAAAGGACAAGGAGGCAAUGGAAAAUUACCAAUCGCUCAUUGACCGACAGUUCAAUAUGGCCCCUGCCACUUGCAAUGUAUUACUUACUACUCUAUUGAAGCAUGAUAAGGAUAAAGAAGCCGACAAGCUAUUUCAGAAUAUGCUUGAUAGACAUAAUCAUCCAGCUUAUUUGGCUCUUAAUACUGAAACAUAUAAUAUUAUGGUGAAUCGGAAAUUCGAUUUGCAGAAGUUUGAUGAGGCGAUUGAGGUUUUCCACAGAACUGGUAGAAAGCCCCUGCAUAUGGAUGUUGGUUGCUUUAACAAUAUAAUUGGAAAGUUGUGCGAGAAUGGGGUGGUCUCGGAGGCAGAGAAGCUGUUUGAUGAGAUGCCCAAAAGGUCAGUAUACCCCGAUGUAGUUACCUAUGACUUCUUGGUUGAUGCAUGUUUCAAAGAAGGGAGAGUGGAUGAUGCCUUGAAAUACUUCGACAAGAUGAUCAACACCGAUGAUGAGGGCUUCAAUGCAGUGAAGUUUGACCUGAAGCUCUAUAACAAAACAUUUGAUGGUUUGGUGAAGGCUGGAUAUAUCUCUCAAGCUAUGGAGAUUUUUGGCAAGAUGAUGGAGAAAGAACAGAAGCCGGGAUUGAAGCAAGAUCUGAAGCCAAAACCAGACACGUUGACUUUUGAGACUUUGAUCAGUGGAUUGUGUACUAAUGGCGACUUUGACAGAGCUUUGGAUCUUGUGAAAGAGAUGUUUAAGAGGGGGCUUACCCUUUCGUCUCAAUUCCGCGGGGUUGUUACAGAGAACUUUGAGAAAGCAGGAAGGAGUGUAGAUUUUGAAGCGCUGUCUUUGUCAGCUCGACAGGCUAGUUUUGCUCAACCGGCCAAACAUGCUAAUCACGGGAUACCUGCACAACAUUCUGGUAUUGCUCAACAGCCCCAACAGAAUGGUUUUGUUCCACGGGCCCAACAGGGUAGUUUUCCGCAACACACCCGACAAGGUGGUUUUGCUCCACCUCUACCGGGCCAACGUGUAGGCUUUGGUCCACAGGUGCAACCUAACGGCUUUGUUCCUCAGGGCCAACAGAACGGCUUCGCUCCUCAGGGUCAACAGAACGGCUUCGCUCCUCAUGGCCAACAGAACGGCUUCGCUCCUCAGGGCCAUCAGAUCGGUUUCGCUCCGCAGGGCCAACAGAACGGCUUUGCUCCUCAGGGCCAACAGAACGGCUUUGCUCCUCAGGGCCAACAGAUCGAUUUCGCUCCGCAGGGCCAACAAAACGGCUUUGCUCCGCAGGGCCAGCAGAAUGGUUUUGCUCCUCAGGCCCAACAGAAAGGUUAUGCUCCACACGCUGGUUAUGCUCCAUGGGGCCAACAUAAUAAUAACGGUUUUACUCCUCGAGACCAAACUGGUGGUUUUGCCCCACAAGCCCAACAUAACAGUUUUGCUCCACAGGACCAACAGAGCAGUUUUGCUUCACAGGGCCCACGCAACAGUUUCGAUCCACAGGCCCAACAAAAUUGUUUUUCUCCGCAGGCCCAACAUGAUAGUUUUUCUCCACAGGACCAACGGAACAGUUUUGCUCCACAGGCCCAAGAGAAUGGUUUUUCUCAACAGGCCCAACAUAACAGUUUUGCUCCGCAGGACCAACAGAACAACAGUUUUGCUCCACAGGGCCAACAGCAGGAGAGACAGGUUGGUUUUGCAGCAGAAGACCAUCAGGUUGGCUUUGCUCCCCAUGACCAGCAGGCGGCGGCUUAAUUCGGAAACACUUUUUAUUGCAUGUAGCCUUGCUCAUAUUUACUCAGGAAACGAAGUUCAGAACACGGUUUGGUUUUUUAACUUCAUUAAUCAAUAUGUUCCUGGUCCAAAACUUUGGAGUUGGUAAUCAUACUAAGAAGCCAUCCAAGAUAUUUGGUUACUGAUGGCAGACAUGGACACUGUACAUGCAUAUGCUUUCGAAACCAUUGGUUCAAACUAUUUAUUGUAAUAGGAUCUUGAGGAAUUUGUCUUGAAUGUCAACAACUUUGAUAAUCCUCUUCAUCAUAUCCAUAAAUUUAUUAACACCUAUUUUCUCAUAUAGGUGCAGUAUGGUAAAGUUUCAUUUUUGUUCUUUUUAA